CAAUCCCGGAGGGCAUGGGCAACAUAUGAUGCCAAACAUUUUUCCGAUUUAGUUUUGCAAGUUUGCGCCAAGCGUUUGAUUCUCGCAAUUUAGAAAGAGCAUAAUUGUUAAACCGAAAAAAAAGCUUUCCAUUCAAGAUAGACAGCAGCAGUGUCCGUAUCAUUGGUACAAUAAAUCUAUGAAAAAUCAGUGCAUGAAGUAAUAUUAACCAAACUAUCCAUAUUGAUAAAACCGUAGUCGCGAAAAAAUUUAAUAAAAAGUAACACAACUGGUUGAAAACCGAUUUUCUACAAGUAUGAAUGCAUUUUUGGAAUUGAGGGCUGGAAAGUCGAACUGACUGCACUGAGUCACAGCAUCAGUGCAACUCACAAGAGUGUAGUCUAAAAAAAUAGUGAAUAAGACACACUUCAUUAUGUGGAAGAUUUUUGUAGUAUCCGCCUGUAUUCUAUUGGCAGCCAUGGAUUCUGAAGCCGCAAAGCGCACUAAGAAACGUGGAACUGGAUCGUAUGCCGGCAGCUAUUCAGGUGGCGGGGACUAUGAUGAUUAUGAUUUUGGUUUUGGAUUCGGAGGUUAUGCUCCCGAUUUCGGUUUCAUCGAUCCCUUCGCCUUCCACCAGCAGUUGACACAACAGAUUCUGUCACAACAGGCUGCUCAGCAACAAGCUAUAGCAUCGAUUAUUUCGAGUGGUGAUGCAACGGUGGGGGCUAGCGCUUCGAAUUUGCCCGAUUAUAUGGAUGAUGAUGCUAUUCGCCGUCAACAACAGGCUAUUUUUGAUCAUGCCAGACGCCAAAGCCACUACAACGGCAAGGGCAAUCGUUAUGCGCCUAACUAUUCAGCUGCUGCUGCUUCAAUUGGUCCUGAUGGCGGCUACCAAACUGCUUUCAUAAAUCCCGCUAAUCCCGGUGUUCCAAACAUCAGCAAUCGUUUCGCAUCCACAAGCCCAGGUGGCUACAAAGGUGUUUCUGUCAGCUCCUACAGCUCCAGCUCCGACGUCAACGGCAAACGGACUAACUACCGUGGGGCCCAGACAACUAUAAACGACAAUGGCAAAAUCACCACCUACAAAGUCCAAUCGUAGAUUUGUAAUAUCCAAUUCGGUUGAUUAUUUAUUUCUUCUUUCGCUUUUUGUAAUUUAUUUUGAGACUCAUGACGUAAUUCGAAAUUAUAUACCUAUUUAUAGUAGUGUAUUCUGAAUGAUUUUCCUUAUUUACAUUUU